AUGGACGGUGGCCUCAGGGUCUUCCUGUCCACUGUGCUGUGCCUCAGCCAGUCCCUGCUUAUUAGCUGCACACUUCAAUAUCCAUCUUUCCGCUCUGAGCCCGCCUCAUUGGUCCAGAGUCCUGGUUCGGCGGCUCGCCUGCACUGCGCCGUCAGGCCCCCAUCGGCGGCGCUCUCCUGGCGCUUUCGUGGUGCCCCCCUGCUUGUCGAUACCCUGCCUGGUGUGGAGGUGAACGGUGGUACUCUCACCAUCACCUCCCUGCAGCGUGCCCAUGCCGGUGGAUAUCAGUGUGUGGCACGGUCUACCCAAGGAACAGCUGUGGCGAGCCGGUACGCGCAUGUGGUGCUGGCAGAAAUCUGGCAGUACGAAGACAGCCGCCGGCGCUUGCUGUCUGUCCAGGAAGGCGGCGCGGUCGUCAUCGAGUGUCCUCUGCCCCGAAGUGUCCCGGCGGCCUUGCCUAGGUUACGAGUGCGAGGCGAACGUGUGGAGAAGUCCACAGAUGACUACUUGGUUCUUCCAUCUGGCAACCUCCAGAUCCCGAACGUUUCACCCCGCCAUCAAGGCACCUACAAAUGUGGCUCGUACAAUCCCGUCACGGGCGAAACUCUCACACAAACCCAUGGUACCAAACUGUCUGUACUAUACUCCCCAUCCUUUCCAAUGGAAAUAGUUUACCCCAUCACCCCCAUGACUGUAACACUGCAGCGGUCACAGUCGUACACGCUAGAAUGCGUCAUAUCCGGAAGUCCAUCCCUUGCGUCCACGUGGUUUAAAAACGGUGAGCGUGUCCAUGUCGGUCCUUCUCUGCGACGCCUACGCGACAAUUUGGAACUCGUCUCUGUGACGACGGAUGACGCCGGGGUGUACGUUUGCGCCGCUGAGAGCGAGCGAGGGUCGGUCAGGAGCGCCAACUACACCGUCAACAUUCUCGAACCGGCGACUAUGUUAGAAGGCCUCACUGACCAACAGCUAGACUCGCCUGGAUCCACUGCUCGUUUCAGCUGCAGAGCUGCGGGAAAUCCCGCCCCAAACGUCACCUGGCUGUUCAACGCCGAACCCUUAGUCGCCUCACAUCGCGUCCUGAUGUCCGGUAACCAGCUCGUCAUCAGGGAUGUGGUUCUGUCGGACCAAGGCGUGUACCAAUGUCUGCUGGACAACGGCGUCGGGUCAGCGCAGUCGUCGGGAAUGCUGACGUUUCAGACUGAAUCAAAGCCCAACGUCGAUGUUUGGCCUUCGCUACCGCCCAUGCAGAGCGACGAGGGCAGCGAUCGCUUCGUGGCGGAGGAGGAUUCGGAUGAGCCGCCGUUCGACGGGGGCGCCGACGGUCUCACGCCUGACGCGCCAAUCAUUACCAGCCCGCCGCAGACCUACAAACCGGACGUGUACGACCUGGAGUGGAGAGCUGGACCCGACGGCGGGAGCCCCAUCAAUGCAUAUUUUGUCCGAUAUCGUAAGGUGGACGAGAUGGCUACAGUGAUGGAAAGCUGGCUGACAGUGCGAGUGCCUGGCAGCGAGCGGUCGCUGCGGCUUUCAGAGUUGGACGCGUCCAGCUUGUACGAGGUGCUCAUGGUGGCUAGGAGCUCGGCGGGAGAGGGCCAGCCGGCCAUGCUUACAUUUCGCACUGGGAAAGAAAAGAGCGCCUCGUCCAACAAAAACCCCUCCAACAAACCUCCCGUCGUCCUGAUGCCGCCUAAAGCGCCCGAGGACAAAACGCCCAACACGCACUUUGGCGUGGUCAUCCAUGAUAGAGUGCCGGAGGCGCCCGACCGGCCCACCAUCUCCAUGGCCACCGAAAGCUCCGUCUACGUCACCUGGAUCCCCAGAGCCAACGGCGGAUCACCCAUCACGGCGUUCCGAGUGGAGUACAAACGCAGCCGUAGCACCGAGUGGGGAGUGGCGGCCGACAAUAUCUCGCCGCUUAAGCUUUCAGUGGAAGUUCGCAAUCUGGAGCCUGGCGCCACUUACCGGUUCCGCGUGGCAGCCAUGAAUUUGUACGGCGAGAGUCCUCACAGUGUGGCGUCACGGCCGUACCAGGUGCCCCAAGCUAGUCCCCGCAUGACCGACCGGCCCGUGGUGGGACCGCACAUCUCCGCCACCGACGCCAUCAGCGACACGCAGAUCAUGCUGCGAUGGACUUACAGUCCCUCAAGCAACAACAACACUCCCAUCCAAGGCUUCUAUAUUUACUAUCGACCCACCGACAGCGACAACGAUAGCGACUACAAGCGUGAUGUAGUUGAAGGUGUGAAAGACUGGCACAUGAUUGGUCACCUGCAGGCUGAGACGUCGUACGACAUCAAGAUGCAGUGCUUCAACGAUGGAGGCGAAAGCGACUACAGCAAUGUCAUGAUCUGUGAGACCAGAGCUCGCCAGUCUCCGGGUUCGCCAAGCCAGCGGCCCGUCACACCGCCGUGGCCUCACCCGCAAGAGCCCGCCGGACCGCCCGGGGGGCUCCUGUAUCUCAUCGUGGGUUGCGUGCUAGGAGUGAUGGUCCUCAUUCUGCUGGCCUUUAUCGCCAUGUGCUUGUGGAGGAACCGACAGCACAACAACACACACAAAUACAACUCUCCUGGUUACUUGUACCAGCCGGCGGACAUGAACGGACAUGUUCUUGAGUACACCGCAAUGGCCGGCGCCGGGCGUAUGAACGGAGGUGUCCACGGGGGUUACGGGCACAGUGGCGGGGGCGGCGGUAUGUUGCCAUUGGGGUGCCACCAUCUACAUCACAAACACACCAACGGCCUGCACAAUGGCAACGGCGGACUCUAUCCUGCCGGACACCCGCACGGCCACAACGGCACUCUGCCUCACCCUCACCACCACCACAACGGAGGCGGCAUGUACACAGCUCUUCCUCAGUCAGAAUCUUCGGAGUGUAUGAGUUGUCAGAACCUGUGCAACAAUAACAGGUGCUACAACAAAAGCAACGGCGUGCUAUUAGGCGGGACGCUUCCCCUCAUGCAUAGAGCGGCGCCAUGCCAGCAAGACGGUCUGGAGAUGGUUCCGAUGGGCGUGGCGCCGUGCCGCGGCUGUACCCCGACAGGCGAGCGGCCGGCCACCAAGCUCGACGUGGCGCACCAGCCUGACGAGCACCAGGAGUCUUCGCCUUCGCGGCGCUCGUGUUAUCUCGACGGAGACGACACGGAAGGACCGGCGGAUGACACAGCAGAGGAGGAUGUAGACUGUGUGGAUCAGGAGAGUCCAGAGCUGCGCUGGGACAGCCUUCCCGACUCGGACUGUGACGAAAAGCCCGGCUGGAUAUCCGACAGGGGCGAGCUGAUCCAGCCCAGUCCCCAGACAACCGGAAGGGCGGAGCUACUGAGAGGACAGUCGGAGGACCUAAGUGAGGACUUUCUGCAUCAUGGACGGCCAGACUCCUAA